UAGAGAUAGCAAAAGAGAAGAUAGGGAAAGGGAGGGAGAGAGAGACUGGGGGUAGAGAGUGAGGGAGACUGGGCUAGACUGAGGGACUGGGACUCAGACAGCCAGGGACAGAGUGUGAGAGACCACUGCAUCAAGCAGUCCAGCAGUGCUGGAACCCCAUCAGUGACCUUAACCCUGCACGAUUCACUUCCUCUGCACAAAAUGAAAGUAGUUGCUUUAAUCAGUGGUGGAAAGGACAGCUGUUACAAUAUGAUGCAGUGUGUGACAGCAGGCCAUGAAGUUGUGGCAUUAGCUAACUUAAGGCCCGCUAAUCACAAAGAUGAGCUUGACAGUUACAUGUAUCAGACAGUGGGACACGAGGCUAUAGAUCUGUAUUCAGAAGCCAUUGGCCUGCCACUCUACCGUCACACUAUCCAAGGUAGCAGUCUAGCAAUUGGAAGAGACUACACCAAAUGUGAAGGCGAUGAAGUGGAAGACCUCUACCGUCUUCUGAAGCUGAUUAAGGAAAAGAAAGAAGUGGAGGGAGUUUCGGUUGGUGCCAUUCUUUCUGACUACCAGCGGGUCAGAGUAGAAAAUGUGUGCAGGCGGCUUAAUCUCCAGCCUUUGGCUUACCUCUGGCGUCGAAAGCAGGAAGAUCUGCUGAGAGAAAUGAUAUUGUCUAAUGUUCAAGCCAUGAUAAUCAAAGUCGCAGCUUUUGGUCUAGAUCCACAGAAACAUCUUGGGAAAACAUUGGAUCAGGUGGAACCAUAUCUGAAACAGGUUUCUGAGAAGUAUGGAGUACAUGUGUGCGGAGAAGGUGGAGAGUAUGAAACCUUUACACUGGAUUGUCCUUUAUUCAGGAAGCGAAUAGUUGUCGACUCCACAGAGGUAGUUGUACAUUCUGCUGAUGCCUUUGCACCUGUGGGCUACCUCAGAUUAUUGAACUUACAUCUGGAGGAUAAACCCAAUCGUAUACCUCCCAGCAUGGCGCUUAAUGAAAUGAAGCCCUGUUCGUCUUGCCAUCAUCAGGAGAUCAGCACAGAAAAUGAGGAUUGCAGAGAGAUGUCAAAACCACAGAUCACCUGGAAUCUCACCUCAAGUAGUUCCUGUGAAGGUGAGAAGUUAAAUUAUUGGUCUGGGAAAACUGAAAAAGGGUACCAGUGGAUUAGCGGAACGUGUUUUCCCAUGGAAGGGAAAAGCGUUAAGGAUGCAACAAAGCAGACAUUUUCCCUGCUAAAAGAGGAGUUGGCAGUGAAAGAGUACAAGUUAACCGAUGUCAUCUUGCUUCACCUGUAUGUGAAGGACAUGAGAGAUUUUGGUAUCAUAAACUCAAUCUAUGAGUCCUACUUCAAUCUAAGCCCACCUGCAAGGGUUUGUGUGGAAGCCCCACUACCAGGUGGAGCACCACUUCAAGUUGAUUGCCUUGUGCACACAAGUGAGUUAACUUUGCGGGAUACAAUCAAACAGCAAAAGGAGGUCAUGCACGUUCAAAGUAUUUCACACUGGGCUCCUGCUAACAUAGGACCUUACAGCCAGUCAAUCAAGGUUGGAGAUGAAAUAUUUUGUGCUGGUCAAAUUGGAUUGGUCCCAUGCACCAUGCAACUUAGCAAAGGAGGUGUCAAAUCUGAAGCUGCACUUUCUCUGAGACAUGUCCAGAGAGUUCUUGAAGCUAUGAAAAGUGGAACAAAUUUAAGCAAUAUCUUACUGGCAAACUGUUAUGUCACAGACAAGAAAUAUAUCUCUGUUGUUCAAAACCUCUGGCAAAAGAGUCUAAAGGAACACAUACAAGAGGAUGAAGUUUAUGGAGAGACGGAGGCUAUUCCUGGCCUACUUAUAGCAGUUGUGUUCCCUCAUCUGCCGAGAGAUGCUGCAGUGGAAUGGCAUGUCAUUGCCCUUACAGAUGAUCCCUGUGAGAGAAACUCCUUCAUCAUAAAUAAGAAGUCCGAAGAUUAUGUAAUUGACUGUGAAGUGGUUGUGUCAAGUUCGCUGUUAAGUGCUGCUAUCUCAUUGGCUGUAAGUCUUCUCUCACCAUCAGUGACAUCUUUAGAUCUAAAGGACGUACUGCAAGACCUCGCUGCUGUAUUCCGGCAAGCAAUGGAUAAACUCCCUCAAGAUGUUCACCAGCUUCCUCUAUGCUUCAAAACCUUCUACUGUGAAGACACCUUUGAUCCCAGCCUCUUGCAAAGAGAUUUGGAGAGAUCCCUAGAAAACUUACUGGGUUCACAUGUUCCACUUCUGAUCUUGGUGCCUGCAGCAGAUUUGCCUGGCCUAGAAAUUCUGCACGUUGCUUGUUGGCUGAGCAGUUAAGGAUUAAAGACAGGACGGAGAACGAUGACUUACCAGCGACUGUAGAUCCAUUUCCUCCCUUUUUUUUUGAAACAAGGAAAACAAAAGCAGAACUCCACCUACGUUUAUAGUAGCAGAUCCAAGAGCGCUCAAAAGAAAGAACUUCAAACAACACUUCGGUCAACACUCUGUUUAGAUGGUAACAAAGGGCUUCUUGUUCGUGGCCAAGUUUACUAUUACAUUUAUUGGCGACUGAUAAAGGUGACGGGGAGAAAGGUGUUGCACGCUUCUGGAUUUACUGCGAACUUUGGUCUAUAAAGUCAUCCAAGGGAAAGUCAAUCAGAUUCCUACUCUGUGCAGAUAACACGAACUAUAACGUGUCUGAAUUCUGAUCGUAAGGUUAUGAUGUACAAAAAUAUGAAGUCAUUUUAAUUUUAUAACAAUUAUUAAUCUUCUCUCACCUUUAUAGACGUUUCUAUUGUUAUUGUACCAGUGGUAAGUGGAGACAGUGCCCUCUUAUUUGCGAGCACUGCAAUUUGAUGCCUAAGUCCGGACUUUUCUUGAACUAAGUCUUGAUUUUUGUAACCCUCACUCACUUUCCUUCUGAAAACGAUCUUACAUCUUGUAGGAGUGUGUCUCCCCAAGUAUUGCACACAAUGUCCCGUGGUAAUUCUUCAAGCAUGUGCCUUGACUGUGUGUGUGAGAGGUGUCAUAACCAAGCCUGAGCCCACCUUCACCAAUGUCAGGUAUGGGUGCACACACCCUUGGGUAGUCCUGACUUUGUCCCUAGCUGACUUUGCUGUACUUGACCCUGAAGACAUUAUAGGACCACUACCACCAUUCCAGCCAAAAUCAGCUGACUCAGCUCAGUCCAGGGAUCAAACAUGGGAGGAAGAUUCCUGGUUUUUGCAUCGGAGUUACUUGCUGGGUGAAUUCACUGAGCCAUCAGAGAGCCAAUUCUGAGAUUAAUACAUAAAGCCUGUAGCUCAGCAGCAGACAAUCAGAAAAAUGUUGUGAACAACCUUUGCUUUCGACUUAAUUCAGCAUUUGUACAAAAAUAGAAAAGCACUUGCCUAUUAAAGCUCAGUCUCCCUGGUGAGUCAUUUUGAUCUA